AUGGCCGAGCCACUGGCCAUUCUCGGCGGAGUCGCAAGCAUCAUCCAGAUCAUCUCGAAUGUCACGAAGCUAGCUAAGAGUCUCAAUGAGGUGCGGGAGAAAUUCGGAAACGUCGCGCUCAACACCACGUUGGUCGCAAGCCAACUGGCUACUAUCCGAGCUGCCUUGGAGGCAAUACAUACAUGGCGGGCGAGCGACACAACGGAGUCGGAAGCUUCGAAACAGCUUGAUCAAGACCUGGGCAUCUCAUUGAGCUGCUGUGCAGUCCUCAUCACCGUCAUUGACUCGAAAUUGAAAGAGUCAGGAUAUCAACCAGAAAUUGGGAUGAAAGAGAAGGUCAAAUAUUUAUGGCUGGAGGGUAUACUCAAGGAAUAUGUGUCAAAUUUGGAGGGUCAGAUCCGAGCACUCCAGCUGCUCUUGACUGUUUUCCAGUGCAAGACGGCUACGGAGCAGAAGCAGCAGCUUGCUCAGAAAGAGUCCAGGAUAAUCAUUGAGCAUGUGCGGGCAGAGACUAUGAGUCUGUACAUCGAUGACACCGACUUGGAAGAUGCGAUAUCCAUACUUUCACGGGACCCCUCUGUGCGUCUGGACGUCGACUCUGUGAUCAUGCGAUCGCCAGCCUACAGAAGGGUCUAUGGAAAUCUUCGUUCGAACCCGGCUCGCAAGCAUCCAGAGGACCCACCAGCUCAUCGUCGGAAGCCUGUCCCCGUGGCGAGACCCCAUUCUUCACAAGAAAGAAUUCCAAUCCCACAUACGAAUACGUAUCACGAAUCGCAGCGAUCUUCGCUAGAACAGCCUCGCCAAUCGGACGAGGGACCUUCAUCUCGGUCUCGAAGCGAGGCUAGUACGCACAAGAUAGAAGAUGCAAAAGAGCUGCCCCUCACUCAAGAAGAGCAAUAUAAACGGAGGAAUUCGAAUAGCCGGAACGAUGGAUAUUCCAGAUCGCUCAGAAACGCUGACGAUGAACAAUCUGUCGCUAGGGUGCCGGGUCACCAAGCGACGUCGGUUCACUCAAACGAUCACAUACCUCCGGCGGGUUUACAAAAUCCUGUAGGACAAGAUUCCUCGUCGCUGUCUGAGCAUGACGUUACGACACGAACCACUUCUGGCGAUUGGAUACUCAAUGCCAGCCAAGAAACAGAUACGGAAAGCCAGACGAAGUCUGCUCGACGACUACCCCAUGGCGGAGAGCAUAUUCCAAAUGAUAUUAUCACCUCACAGAUAGCAGAAAAGACUACACUUGAAAUGGCAGAUGUCUCGAUUUCCACCCAUCCUCCAUCCUUACCCCCGAUUCAGCAGUCUACAUUUCCGUUACUCCUUCAUCACAACGACUCUGUACCAUUGCGCAGGUCAAUUUCAGUACACUCAGGCUAUGAUUUGCCUAUUUUCGAGCCCUCUAUUGCAACACUGUCUACUGAAACAGCGGGUGACAAUACACAAUCAAGCCUGCAUCAAUCUGCCUCUCAUACUACCGCGACCUCGGCAGCAAGUCAAGUCACCGAGGGCGAGGCUAGCCAUCGCCAAACGCAAACAGACAUACAUCAAGUCCACAGCGAGCUUGCACCGGCUAAAGCUCCUAAAGGGCGGACAUCGUUCAUGCAACUGUCAUCAGUAAAAGCCUCCACAAGUGGCUCUGCCUUGUGCGACGCAGCAUCCCGUGGAGACUUGGCCAGUGUCAAAGCGCUACUAGAAGCCAAAGCCAAUAUCAACUUUAGAGGGAACAAGUCGAUGACUCCUUUGAUGCUUGCUGCCAUCAAUGGUCACCAGGAUGUGUUGCAGAUCUUGAAGGAUCGAGGUGCUGAUGAACUCGCAUCCGACACCAACGGAAGGAAUGCGCUCCAUCUAGUGGUUGCUAACAAUCAGCUUUCAUCAGUUGAGUGGCUAUUAAAGGCUUACCCGCCCGAUCAGCCUAAGCAAUCUAAUUCCCGAGGCUCUCUUCUUUCUAAAGCAAAAGGCAGCCUUGUGGGUAGGUCUUCGAAGAACCUCAGAGAGGCCUCUGAUGCGCAAGGACUGAAGGCAUUGCACAUUGCUGCCGAAACAGAUAAGUGUGGAGUCAUUGAUUUGCUUUUGGCUGCUGGAGUCAAUGUGGAAUCUCAAACCAAUUGUGGUUGGACGCCCCUUCACCAGGCGAUCGUUGCGAAUCGUUUGGACUCGGUUGACAAUUUGUUGCGAAGUGGCGCUAAUCUAGACGCUUUGGACACCAAGUCGAUGACUGUUCUGCAUUUGGCAGCGAAGGAAGGCGACGUUGGUAUGGUCAAAACACUAAUAGCAAGAGGUGCUGGUCGCCACACGUUCGAUGACAAUGGUUGCCAGCCUAUACAUUCAGCUGCCUGGGCAGGACGGACGUCAAAUGUUGAAGCCCUAGUUGCUGAGCCUCAAGAUCUAGCCACAACAAUGGACUCAGGCAAACCAGAGCGGCGUACUGGCAAGGGAGGUAUCACAUUACUAUACAUUGCCGCUAUACAGAAGAAUCACGAGCUGGCAAAGUUUCUACUCAAGAAUGGCGUUGACGUCAAUCCAUGGAGUCCUCCCCCGCCUGCCUUCCUCGCAUCGCUGGACAACUUCAAAGUGCCUCUGAAAACACUGACUCCAUUGCACAUUGCCUGCUGCAAUGGUGAUUUCGAAACAGCGUCUGCCCUCAUUGACUAUAAGGGUUGGGUCAACGCAGCCACGCUAGAAGGCGUGACCCUACUCAUGAUGGCUGUGGAAAGUGAGGAUACCAAUACCGUCAACCUCUUGUUGAGCCGCGGAGCAAAAGUCAAUGCCAGCAUGCCACGGACGAUGCUCACAGCGCUGCAUAUCGCAAGUCGUCGGGGCGACCUCGAGACGGUCCACCAACUGUGUCUCGCUGGCGCAAAUCCGGCAGCUCGCUAUUAUCAAAGGGAGAUCGCGGCAGUCUAG